GCCCAUCGACUGAAGAGAAACAAAUAUCGAUAAACAUUAAAAUGAAUUGUUAAUUAACUCAAAAUGGGAAUCAAAAAGUCGGCUUUCAAAUACUGCGCUUUUUCUAAGCAUGAAUUGUGACAGGUUUUGAUUCAGCGAGCGCCGGGAACGUCGGCCAUGUCGAGUUCAAUCUCUGUGGAUGGUCCUUUAGCUAACCCCAGUGCCCGGGGCUCCAUCUACCGGUUCAUCCGGCCCCGCCGCAGCCUCAAGAAGGAGAUUCUUGCACAACAGCGAAGUAAUAGUAUUAGCGGUGAAAAUGAAAAUGAAUCUGAUAUUUCUGGGAACCACCGUAAAAAUGAGCACCUUAGUCUUUGGAAGAAAGCUUCAUCACUUCGUCAGUCUUUACGAGCAAAAACGAUAAGUAGUAAAAACAAAGAUACUGAGGGAAGAUGGUCUCGGCUGUGUAGGUCUAAUUCCCAGUUUCACGUUGGUAAUAAAGAUAAUUCACUACAGAAGGAAUGGGGCUCCCAGAGAGAUCUGAGGCUCUCGACUAGCCGUAAGGAAUUUUUGCAGUCACAACCUAGGUUCAGCCAAGACUUGGAGCGCCCUCUUCUUUCUGACAAACAUUCCCGAUCUUUAAGUGACUAUUGUGAUAUCAGCAAACUCCCUCUUCGGAAUACAGAUGUCUCUGCUCAGCACAGUCUUAACUCCAGUUUAACGUCACUGCCAUCGCAGCACGUUCAAGUAAACAACUCUGAGGACGUGCUACCACAACUUUACCCAACGUAUUAUCUAAAAUCAGCACGCAAACUGUCCAAAGAUUCGAGAUGUGACACUGGGGCCCAAAAAGCAGAUCCGGAUUACAUAAAUGCAGACUGGCUGGGCAAAGGUGGGGAAAUACGCAUGCGAACAUCUUUGUCUUCUGUGCACAAUGACUCCCAGUAUCAAAGUACCCACAGGACUUCAGCUCCUACUGUGUUAAACAGCAGGUUUUGUAUGAGACCUGAAAAAGAGGGUAAAGAACAGGUGUCCAGACUACCAAUAAAUUAUUUUCCUCAUCAAUCUGAAGUGCCAAGUGUUCGUCGAAGUCAAAAUUCAUCCGUAGAAAGAAGAAAGGGCCCCAAAGAACAGUACUUAUUGCAUUCAACCUUGGACAGUCGCUUGCAGCAGUAUUUUACUGCACACAAAGAACAUGAAAAAUGUCGUAUUCUACUAAAUAACUGCUAUCUUUGUUUAGAAUCUUAUGGAAAUUGGCGUAGCAGCCAACUAGUCUCCGAUUCUAAUCCAAACGAACUUCAACACGCUGUUCCAAGUGAUCUUCACAGUGAACCCUCACUGAAUUCACAAGCCACCAACUCGUAUGUAAACACAUUCUUUACCACCCCAUCUCUGGAUGAAGAUACAGACAUGGUGACAAGAAGAUUCAAGAAGAAAGGGUCUGUAUACGAAGCCCUGGCUUCUAAAAGUGGUUUAGACUUUGCCCCAGUUAUCCAAGGAAGGCCAUACUGGGAAAGAAACGAAUCUGCCAAAAGCUUGACUUCCAUUCCUCAGUCUUCAGGUGGUCGUCAGUCUAUUGAUUUUACUGGACACUGCCAAAGCAUCAUCAGUAACUUAAAAGAAAGUAAGUCUUCAGAAUUCAGUGCCAAAAACAAAAUAUUCUUUUCUCAAGAGAACUUAACCUAUCAAACUCAUGACUCCAAGAAACAACGAUCAGAAAUAAACAAAGAAAAUCUUAAAUCCUUCUCAUUUUCUUCCGACUUAUCCCUUGAUGUGACAAUAAAUGCUCAAAAAACGAACAGGGAAAAUUCUCCACCCCCUCCUCCGCCACCUAUUAGAAAAUCCAGUAUGAUACACCAAAGAUCAGGACUUACUCAUGAAAAAUAUCCAUCUUGGCCCGUGUCUUCUGAAUCACCAGAAUUAUCGCCUUCUUCUUUACCCGUCACAGUGACCAGCUACCGAUCGCAUUCUUGGACGGAUCAGACGGACUAUCCAAAAGUGCGAGCAGUAUACUCGAGGCCUAAAAAGUCUUUUAAGAUUUCAACCAAUCAACUUCAGCCUGUGUUAGAGAAGAGGAUAGACGGCUACGGAACAAAACGGGCUGUAAACAAUGAAAGUACUGUUCCAAUCCCGUUAAGUAAUAGGACAUUAGAUGGCGAAACAACUAUAGCCGAAAUUGAUUCGUCUUUGAAACAAGCAUUAUGCAGAAGCACUUCAGAGAAGGUUGAAGAGGAUACUGGAAAUCGUCCAUCUUAUAUUCCUAUGUGCUAUGGUGACAAAGAAUACAACAUUCACUCUCCGCCAGAACGUGACGUUCCUAUUAAUCAGAUGCCAGAUAGUUUGGCACUGAAAGACACGGAACCUUAUUGGAAUAAAUAUGACGACUUUAUAAAGCAUUAUAAUGCAUAUUAUUCUUCAGCUUGUGAAAACCAAAUAACAUGUUAUAGUAAUACAGAUAAAGAUGUGGAAUUUCAUAAUUUCAAGAUGCCAGAAUCCCUUGAAAAUGAAACUCCUUUUUUAGAUAGACUUCGAUUAGAAUGCCAAGCGUUUAGUGCAACCUGGCCACCACCACCUGGAAGCGAUUUUCUUGAAACACCCAGUGAAGCAGGAACUCUUGUUGAAAGCAGUGGCAGCGGAAGUAGUCAGGAAACUUUAAAAUGGCACGGAUCGUAUAGUGACCUGAGUACAUUUAGUAUCCAAAUGUCAAACCGCUCGUCGUUAUUUGAUAGUGGUCUAUCAACAAUGCCAGAUAGUGGACGUUUGACUCCUCAGUCAUCGUGUGAUGGAAGUACAUCUACUAACCGUAUGGAAACUAGUAUUCGAACCCAUGUGCCAUCAAGACAUGGAUUGCAACGAGAAAGUAUAGCUCAUAGUUCCAAGGUUCAACCUGCCAAGAGACAUGAUUCGGAAAGUGUGCUUUACUAUGCACCAGGCUUAAAGCAUUCUUACAGCAGAAGUUCUAAGAGUGUUCGUAUCUCUUCUUCUAAAGAAGAGCACCUGAACACUCACGAGAUUUCGGGAAUUAGCGUGGCACAAAGAAUCAAGAUGCUUCAGCAGCAAGUAGAAGAACGAAAGUCAAUUAAACCUUCAGUUGUCUCGUCGCCUUUUGCUGGUUUUUCAAGAGCACAAACAUUGCUAGAACGACCUAAUAGUAAUCGUAGAGAAGUAAACAGUUUAGUAAAAGGUACGGCACAUGUUUUCGGUAGUAUCAAUAACUCUUCAAAAACAAUAAACCCAGAACAAUUUCCUACAAUUAGUGAAAUGGAAAUUGUGUCGACCCCUGUGUUACCUAAUUGUAGUGCUCGUAGCUCUGUUUCAGAACCCGAUGACGCCAUACAAAGAGUAUUGUACCUUGAUCCAGAUAAGAAACAUUGUGUGUCAGACCCAGAGUUAAGGACUACACAGAAAAAAGCUGUUCUUUCAUUUUAUCAAAGACAAAAAGGAAUCUCGGAGAGUCAGCCAGCUGGCCAAGAACUGAGUUUAUCCAUUACUACCGCCCCGCCGGUUGAUUCCCCAAAGAAACGGAUAACUUCCCAGGAGAUGAAUCUAUCCACUAUCGUCCAACAAACUAACGACAUGAAUGAUCUGACUGUCCAGUCUCCUUUAUCUCUACCAGAACACAACAUGCAGUGUUUGUGGAGCUCUUUACCACAUUUAAAAGUUGAUGGUCUUGAAUUUAACAAUACUGUAAGAAGCAGAAGCAGUGGAAAACUUGGUUAUGUACCCGAAGAGUCUUUGUCUCGUCCGGAGAACUGUAAAAAAACAGAAAACUUUCUGGGCAGGUCAUCUGAACAAGUGACAGAAACAAACUAUGGCUUCUUUCAUCAACAUAGCUUCUCUGUUCCAAAUUUGAAUGACCUUCAGUUUAAUUCUACAACCCCUUACUCUCAAUCUUCUAGCAGUCGUAAUUCAUUUAGUAGCCAAUUAUCAAACGAGCCUUUGGAAUGUGUGCAUGUUGAUCCUCCAGUAACAUUCAACUGUAGCACUUGUAAAGAAUUCAAAACAAACCAUGGCUUGAAAACCACGCUUUCUUCAAACAUUGUUAUGCUGGCUAUCCAAGGGGCUCAAGAUUCCAAACAAAUAGUACCUGAUAAUGGAGCUUCUUCGAAUGGAACCAGUUAUUUUCGGUCUUACAAAUCACCUCGCAAGGCCCAAGUUAAAGAAAUACACCACUCCAAUGAAACUGCCACCGUGAAAGUAAUUACACCAGAUGGCAUUACUUUAGUGGAAACAGUCGGUCGCAGCGACAUCUCACGAGAAGAAACUAAUUUCUCUACACCGCCUAAAAUCCCACCUCGACGAAUCGGUAAACAACCUCCACCGCCACCCCAUCAACGGCCCAGUAGACCACCUCCACCACCACCAUCGUCCCUUCAGCAAGUAGAAGAUAAAUCAAAUCAUGAUACCGAAGAUGUAGAAUUAAGCUUCCUCCACCAAGAAACGGUUGGACAGACCACUUCCAUACGUGCACAGAACGAAUAUGUUGACAACAUUUCCGUUACUACAGGGGGUGCCUCAACAUGUUCCAGCCCUGAACUACCUCUUCCGCCCCCACCAUCUAUAACAGACAUCGAGAUUCGCCAUUCUGAUGAACCCUUGCCUCCACCCCCUGACCCUCAGGAAGUGGAAUUACCUACAAAGACGCUGCCGCAAAUAUCGAUCGUUUAUCCGAAAAACUCUUACAUGUCCUAUAGAAGUGAGCGGAAACUUGGAAGACAUGGAUUUGAUGGCAACUACUGGAGAUCUUCCUCGACGUCUGAAACUUACGAUCCAACCUCUAAAACACCACACGAUGGUCAGAAUCCUGUGUCUCCGGCUUCGUGGGAAAAAUUACACAAUAUUAGAAAACAAGGUACCACUCUGAUUUUCCACUCCAACUCCAUUCGAGAUCGAACCUGGUCAGAUAGUCGAUGUCUUCUUAACCGAGGACCUUCAUGCUCCAGCUCAGAGGCUAAGCUCCCCAGUGCUCCAACUACAUCCCUUCAAUUUGUGAAUAGCCUUGUAAAUGAUCAACCAGGAUUAUCAGGUCCCGUGAACGAGGAGUCGUCUAUUUCCGAAAGAGUUGGCCAAGACCCCCAACAUGAAUAUUCUAGUCAUGGUUCUUUUUCCCCGCAAGGGAAGUUAACCUUAUCCCAGACAUCAAAACAAGCGGAACCUCAGAAAGACUACUCCUCAUUUAACAAUCAAGAUGUUUGUGUCCAGUAUCAAUCAAAAAUAUCUGUUCACUGUACUGAACCUCUCCAAAAGGAAGUAACUGAGCAGUCUAAUAUUGCUGUGAAUCAUAAUGAAGCUCUAAAAAUCCACGAAAACUCGACUAUAGUGCCACAAAAUGAUGCAAAUCUAUUUCAGGGGCAGCAGGUAGGUGGUGAAAGUAGUGGACAAUUGACAGUAUGUAGAAUUAAUAGUGCGACUCAGACCACGGACACUCCAAGGCUUGGACGAAAAUGCAUGACUCAAGAAGAAAUAGUGUGUGAAAGACUGUCAAAGGAUUUUGUCAGCCAUUGUGAUGACACCGUACUCAAAAACUUGCUUGUCCCAGCCCCAAAUCAUAAGACUAUGUCUGACUACAUGGAGGGACUGUUUAACCUGGAGCUGGAGAAAGGUGGACAGCCCGUAAGGAGGAAGUCCUCAAUACGAGCAGAAGCGGUCAACCAGGCCAGUAAUUCAGCUGUUUCAGAUACUUCAGACAAUAGGGAUGGAAGUGAGCUUCCAGUAAACAGUGCCUAUUGUACCACGUCUGAAGUUAAACUCCUGAUUCAACACAGCAAGGACACAGAACAUGAAGACUGUACUAAACACAGUGAACUGUGUAACAAAAAGGAAGAGUUAAUAGCUAGUAUUGACCGGAAAUUGGAAGUUCUUCGAUUAGAACAUAUUGCUCUUCGUGAAGAAAUGGCCCAGAACGAGAUUAUUGGGAAGGAAGUGACGUCACGGGUGGAACAGCUGGCCAAAUCCAAUGAAUUAGAAAAAUACAAACUGCACGUGGAGGAGCUAGGGAAAAUAAUCAAUUUACUGCUCUCACUAUCGGGAAGGCUUGCACGAUCUCAGAACGCCCUCUUGUGUUUACCUAAAGAAUCUGGACAGGAAGAAAGGCAAAUCCUUCAAGCAAAGUGUGACAAAUUAAGUAGACAACACGAAGAAGCUCGCCGGCUGAAAGAAAGUAUUGACAAACGUAGCCACCAGGUGUCGACUUUUCUUCAUCGCUAUUUAUCCAGUGAGGAGUACGCAGACUAUGAUUACUUCAUUAAAAUGAAAUCCAAGCUGCUAAUGGAUGCUCGGGAGAUAGGUGACAAGAUUAAGCUUGGAGAAGAACAGCUAGCAGCGUUACACAAUAACAUGAACUUUCAGAUUUGGAAACAAGCUCAGACAAAGACUCAAAUCUCACCUUAAAGAUUCAUGAUUGAGCCAUCUCUUGUAAUAAAGAUUGUACAGUAGUGGUUGUACUAUUUGGCUGUCAUUCUGCCAAAUAUUAAUGACCACGACGUCACCUGGUUAAAUUUACUGACCAUUAUGGACAUUUGUUGAGCACGAUUUGUUGUUUUCGUGUGUUUUCCGAUUGUUCUUUCUCAUAAAAACACCUGGGCUAUGGGUAUUGAAUAUAUGAACAGUUAAAAUUUACAUAUUUUGGGUAUUAGUUGCCCAAUCUAAAAAUGUAAGGUUUUUACACUAUAGGUGAUAUAAUUGGGUUAAGGAAAGGUGAAAUGAAUUUCAGUAGAAUAUAUCAUUACUGUUGUUAAUUUAUUCGUCUUUUUUUCAUUGUUUACAUAAAAAAAAAGAACCUCAUCUUGGUCAUCAUAUUGUUAAUAUCGAUUAUUGCCUGUUCGUCACUUGUUAAAACCAGUAACAUAAUCACACUUCACAAGAAUGAGAAGUGGAAGGCCCUGAUUUUGAAAUAUAAUUUCUAGCCCCCUCAGAGUAGCAAAAACUAUUGGGAGGUUGGGGAGGAAAUUGAGUUAACAGGUUUUUCGGAUAAUAAUGAUUAUCAGCUAGGUUUCGAGGGCCUUUGGUGACCAUAAAAACAAUCAGUAUUUUUUGUAGAAUGGUCGAGCCUAGCGUGCCAGUGAAGGCAAAUUACAUGGUCAGAUAAUGUUUUGUAUGUAGCCAAUGCUAAUUCUUGAUUCUGUUUUCUAUGUUUAUUUAGAAAAGUGAACGGUAUUCCUCAGUUUCACAGUGUGCUAUGUAAAUAAAAGCAAGGUUAAGCAGCCCUACAAGGGACUUGUAAUUUGUGAUAUAUAUAUAUAUAUAUAUAUGC